CAAAGCCAAAUUCGGCUUUAGAAAACUCAUGUGCGAAUGCUCCCAGGCUUACCACUGGCAAUGUUACUCUGGUAGAAGUACACUAAACAAGACUGCACAUUUUCCAGAAUCAUAAAAUGCAGGAGGAAUCAACUACUCAUCUCAGUCUCUCAGCGUUAUGUCGGAGGAGGCGCUGCACAUUCUGCUUACUACACACAACCCUCCUGCAGAUUACUCUACAUAUCUUCACUUAUUGCAGACCUGCAUUCUCAAGAAUGCGCUUUCACAAGCGAAAAAAGUCCACUCUUUCAUCGCUCACAGGCGAUUUCCAUUUGCUACACUUACAACUUUUCAUAAUAAACUUGUUUACAUGUAUGUCAAGUGCAGAAGUUUGGAGAAUGCUCGAAAAGUCUUUGACCACAUUAAAAAACGAGACACCGUCUCAUGGAAUACGAUUAUUGCAGCAUACGGAAGACAUGGGUGUCCUCACGAGGCAGUCACACUGUUUCACCAAAUGCAAGAAACAGGCCUGCAACCCGAUCAGUUCACAUUUGCCAGCGUACUCCCAGCCUGUGCCAAAAUAGGAGCUUUGGAACAGGGCAUGGCCAUCCAUAAAAGCCUAGAGGAUAGAGGAAUUUUGUCAGAUGUUGUAGUUGCAAGUGCUCUCGUAGACAUGUAUGCAAAAUGCGGAAGCAUUGACAGAGCCCGUGAAUUGUUUGACAGAAUGCCUCAUAGAAACGUGAUCUCGUGGACUGCAAUGAUUGCAGGAUAUGUACAAAAUGGAUUUGUUGAAAAGGGUAUAGAAACUUUCAAGCAAAUGCAAUUGGCAGGUGUAAAGCCAAAUUCGACAACCUUUGUCAGCAUCCUCCCCGCCUGUGCAAAAAUGGGAAUUUUGGAUCAGGGUAUGGAUAUCCAUCAAAGCAUAAAUGAUAGAGGAAUUUUAUCAGAUGUUGCAGUUGGAACUGCCCUGGUAGACAUGUAUGCAAAAUGUGGAAGCAUAGUUAAAGCACGUGAAGUGUUUGAAAAAAUGCCUCAAAGAAAUGUGGUCUCAUGGACUGCAAUGAUUGCAGGAUAUGCACAAAGAGGAUUUCUUGAAGAGGCUCUAGAAACUUUCAAGCAAAUGCAAAUGGCAGGUGUACAGCCAAAUUCCACGACCUUUUCUAUCAUCCUUCCUGUCUGUGCCAAACUGGGAGCUUUGGAACAGGGUAUUAACAUCCAUCAAAGCAUAAAGGAGAGAGGAAUUUUUUCAGACGUUGUUGCAACUGCCCUGCUAGACAUGUAUGCAAAAUGUGGAAGCACAGACAAGGCCAGUGAACUGUUUGACAAAAUGCUUCAAAGAACUGUGGUUUCAUGGAAUGCAAUGAUUGCAGGUUAUUCACAAAAUGGACUUGCUGAAAAGGCUUCGGAAACUUUCGAGCAAAUGCAAUCAGCAGGUGUAAAACCAAAUUCGACAACCUUUGCCAGCAUCCUCCCCGCCUAUGCCAAAAUGGGAGCAUUAGAACAGGGUAUGAACAUCCAUCAAAGCAUAAUGGAAGGAGGUUUUUCCAUAGAUAUUAUAGUUGGAAAUGCUUUGGUAGACAUGUAUGCAAAAUGUGGAAGCAUUGACAAGGCACGUCAUCUGUUUCACAGAAUGCCUCAAAAAGAUGUUAUCUCGUGGAAUACAAUGAUUGCAGGAUAUACACAAAAUGGAUUUGUUGAAAAAGCUUUAGAAACUUUCAAGCAAAUGCAAUUGGUAGAUGUGAAGCCAAAUUUUACAACCUUUGCCAGCAUCCUCCCUGCCUGUGCCAAAAUGGGAGCUCUAGAACAGGGUAUUAACAUCCAUCAAACCAUAGUGGAAGGGGGAUUUUCGUCAGAUAUUAUAGUUGGGAAUGCUUUAGUAAACAUGUAUGCAAAAUGUGGAAGCAUAUAUAAGGCACAUGAACUGUUUGAGAGAAUGCCUCAAAGAGAUGUUGUCUCAUGGAAUGCAAUGAUUGCAGGAUAUGCACAAACUGGAUUUGUUGAAAAGGCUUUCCAAACAUUCAAGAAAAUGCAAUUGGCAGGUGUAAAGCCAGACUCCACUACAUUUGCCAACAUCCUCCCUGCUUGUGCCAAAAUAAGAGCUUUGAAACAGUGUAUGUAUAUCCAUCAAAGUGUAGUGGAAGGGGGAUUUUCAUUAGAUCUUAUAGUUGGUAAUGCUCUGGUAGACAUGUAUGCAAAAUAUGGAUACAUGGACAAGGCACACAAACUGUUUGACAGAAUGCCUCAAAGAGAUGCUAUCUCAUGGACUGUCAUGAUUGCAGGAUAUGCACAAAAUGGAUUUGUUGAAAUCGCUUUAGAAACUUUCAAGCAAAUGCAAUUGGCAGGUGUAAAACCAGACUCCACAACCUUUGCCAGCAUCCUCACUAUCUGUACCAAAAUGGGAGCUUUGGAACAAGGUAUGGACAUCCAUAAAAGCAUAAUAGAAGAAGGAUUUUUUUCAGAUAUUAUCGUUGGAAAUGCUCUGGUGGACAUGUAUGCAAAGUGUAGAAGUAUAGACAAGGCACAUGAAAUGUUUGACAGACUGCCUCAAAGAGAUGUCAUCUCGUGGAAUGCAAUGAUUGCAGGAUAUGCCAUAAAUGGAUUUGAUAAAAGGGCUUUAGAAACUUUCAAGCAAAUGCAAUUGGCAGGUGUAAAGCCGGAUUCCACAACCUUUGCCUGCAUCCUCCCUGCUUGUGCCAAAAUGGGAGCUUUAGAACCGGGUAUGGAUAUUCAUCAAAGCAUAAUGGAAGGGGGAUUUUUGUCAGAUAUUAUAGUUGGAAAUGCUCUGGUAGAUAUGUAUGCAAAAUGUGGAAACAUGGAGAGGGCACUCACACUGUUUGAAAGGAUGCCUCAAAGAAAUGUCAUCUCAUGGAAUUCAAUGAUAGCAGGAUAUGCACAAAAUGGAUUUGUUGAAAAUGCUUUGGAAACUUUCAAGCAAAUGCAAUUGGCUGGUUUAAAACCAGACUCCACAACCUAUGCCUGCAUUGUCCAUGCCUGUGCAAAAAUUGGAGCUUUUGAACAGGGCAUUAGCAUCCAUCAAAGCAUAAUGGAAGGGGGAUUUUUACCAGAUAUUGUAGUUGGAAAUGCUCUAGUGGAUAUGUAUGCAAAAUGUGGAAGCAUAGACAAGGCAUGUGAACUGUUUAAUAGAAUGCUUCAAAGAAAUGCCAUCUCAUGGAAUGCAAUGAUUGCAGGGUAUGCACAAAAUGGGCUUGUUGAAAAGGCUUUAGAAACUUUGAAGCAAAUGCAAUUGGCAGGUUUAAAGCCAAACUGCACAACCUUUGCCAGCAUCCUCCCUGCCUGUGCCAAAAUGGGAGCAUUGGAACAAGGUAUUAGCAUCCAUCAAAGCAUAAUGGAAGGGGGAUUUUUGUCAGAUAUUAUGGUUGGAAAUGCUCUCAUAGAUAUGUAUGCAAAAUGUGGAAGCAUGAACAAGGCACUUGAAUUGUUUAAAAGGAUGCUUCAAAGAAAUGUCAUCUCAUGGAAUGCAAUUAUUGCAGGAUAUGUACAAAAUGGAUUUGUUGAAAAUGCUUUAGAAAUUUUCAAGCAAAUGCAAUUGGCAGGUGUAAGGCCGGACUCCACAACUUUUGCUUGCAUCCUUCCUGCCUGUGCAAAAAUGGGGGCUUUGGAACAGGGUGUUAGCAUCCAUCAAAGCACAAUGGAAGGGGGAUUUUUGUCAAAUAUUAUAGUUGGAAAUGCUCUAGUAGAUAUGUAUGCAAAAUGUGGAAGCAUAGACAAGGCACGUGAAUUAUUUGAUAGAAUGCAUCAAAGAGAUGUUGUCUCAUGGAAUGCAAUGAUUGCAGGAUAUGCACAAAAUGGAUUUGUUGAAAAUGCUUUAGAAACUUUCAAGCAAAUGCAAUUGGCAGUUGUGAAGCCAAAUUCGACAACCUUUGCCAGCAUCCUCCCUGCCUGUGCCAAAAUGGGAGCAUUCGAACAGGGUAUGGACAUCCAUCAAAGCAUACUCGAUGGGGGGUUUUUGUCAGAUAUUAUAGUUGGAAAUGCUCUAGUAGAUAUGUAUGCAAAAUGUGGAAGAACAGACAAGGCACACGAACUGUUUGACAGUAUGCCUCAAAGAGAUGUUAUCUCAUGGAAUACAAUGAUUGCAGGAUAUGCACAAAAUGGAUUUGUUGAAAAGGCUUUAGAAACUUUGAAACAAAUGCAAUUCGUAGGUUUAAACCCUGAUUCCACAACUUUUGCCAGCAUUCUACCCGCCUGUGCUAAAAUGGGAGCUAUAAAACAGGGUUUGAAUAUCCAUCAAAGCAUAAUGGUUGGGGGAUUUUUGUCAGAUAUUAUAGUUGGAAAUGCUCUAAUAGACAUGUAUGCAAAAUGUGGAAGCAUAGACAAGGCACAUAAACUGUUUGACAAAAUGCCUCAAAGAGAUGUUGUCACAUGGAAUGCAGUGAUUUCAGGAUAUGCACAAAAUGGAUUUUGCAAGGAUGCUCUCAAAAUUUUUGAAUUAAUGAAGCACUCUGGAACAUAUCCUAACAUUGUAAGCUUUGCUUGUGUUCUAUGUGCAUGCAGCCAUGCAGGUUUAGUGGAUGAGGGCUGUGCAUACUUCAAUCACAUGAGUAACCCUUAUUGCAUUACACCUACAGUUGAUCACUAUGUGUGCAUGGUUGACCUUCUUGGCCGUGCUGGCUAUCUUGAGGAGACACUAAGAUUUAUCAUUAAGAUGCCAGUUAAAAGUGUGGUGAUUGUGUGGAUGUGUUUUCUUGGUGCCUGUAGAUCACAUAUGAAUAUAGGCUUAGGAAUGUUUACAGCAACACUGCUUUUUGAUUUGGAUCCUAAAAAUGCUGCCACAUAUGUUCUUCUCUCAAACAUCUAUGCAGAAAUGGGCAGGUGGGGUGAGGUUCAAAUGGUAAGGAGAUUGAUGAAAGAUAGAGGAAUUAAAAAGAUCCCUGGAUGUAGCUGGAUUGAGAGCCAUAAAGUAGUACAUGCUUUUUGUGUAGGAGAAAGAUCACAUCCAUAGACACAGGAGAUCUAUGCAAAGUUGGAGAAUUUGCCUUGGGAAAUGAAGGCAGCGGGGUAUUUUCCAGAUUCUAGACAUAUACUUGAUGAUGUGGAAGAGGAGGUAAAAGAACUAUUUCUCUACCACCAUAGUGAAAAGUUGGCAAUUGCAUUUGGUUUGUUAAACAUACCCCCUAGAACAACUAUCAGACUUGUUAAUAAUCUUAGAGUAUGUGCUGAUUGCCAUACUGGAACGAAAUUUAUUUUAUCUCCAAGAUUGUUGCAAGAGAAAUUUUUGUGAGAGAUGCAAACUGGUUCCAUCAUUUUAAGCAGGGACAAUGCGUUCCAAUAUUUUAAGCAGGGACAAUGCUGUUGCAGAGAUUAUUGGUGAUGCUAAAUGAAGCAAUCUGAAAAUUGGCUUGCACUAUAAUAAUGUGCACUGUGUUACACCUAUAGUAAUAAUGAAGGGACAAGGUUUUAGUUUCAGUUUCUAGAAAGUCUCUUUUUAUUGAUGUUUGGAGUAUUUGGCAGUGCAGAUCACUCUGUUGGCUUCGCAAAAUUAGAUGCAUCCAGUGCAAUGCAGAUCACUGUUUAUAUACACUGUUGGGGUAACUGUCACAUACUUGUUCAUUAUAACACAGAUGUUUCAUUGAAUUGUUUUCAUAAAACGUGCAUAUAUAUGAAAUGAAAAGCAAGAGGAGGUGGAGGAUGGGGAAAAUCAGAAGUCAAGGAACAGUUGAAGUAAAUGGAAAGAUGGUUGUUCAGCAGGAAAUCUGAGAGGAAGGCUCACAAUUACUGUUGUCAUUUUUUAUAAUUCUUUUGUUUGUGUUAGUUGUAUCAUCUUUUGCCUAUGUCAGAUGAACCAUCUGAGAUUAAAUUACACAAUCCAGAUUUGGUAUGUAAUUUUAUAUAAUUGCAUAUAGAUUUUGUCUAA